UUAGCGAUGCGCUCACUAUAGGUACAUAUGUAACUAGUUAAGUUUAUUUUUAAGGAAAAGUUGCCAUGUUAAAUACAUACUUAGUUACUAAUACUUAAGGUUCAAAAUUGUAUGACAUGUUAUGCAAGUAAUGUGCACUACGUUGCUAUGCGCCGGCGGCAGUCCGCUGCUAGACGCGAUCGGUUUAACUCGACCCUGUAUCCGAAAGUUAAAAUAAAAGUUUCAUUGUCAAGUUUACUCCUGCUUUCAUUCCUCGCGCCAGUGCCUACCAUUUACAAAGUGGUCUUCGAACCGGAUAAUGCCGAUACACCGAACGCCUUCAAAAAUGGAAACGCGUAGUGCGAAGGUACGUCGGGAGCACGCGGAACACAUGGCGCGCGAGCAAGAACAAAGAAAAAGUGAGGUUAUACCGCCGUGCAAUGUAACUACGCCCGAAAAAAUCGAGAAACCUUUGGAUCCGAUGGUCAAGAAGUUUCUACAAUACAAAUUAAAUGCGACAAGCAGCAUAAAGUCGGAACCAAUGCAGCAAUUUAAGCCAAUUCCCGACAUAAAGCCUGCCGCGUCACAUGUGGGUGCCGUCCCGAGCAGCAAGGGCUCACGAAGAUCGUCAGCCUCUAAAGAAGCCAGGCGAAAGCAAUUAAUUUUGGACGCCGCAAAGGAAAAGGCUGCGAUUCAAAUGGAUCUAAUUAAUAAAACCUUAGACGCGCAACUUGCAGCUCUUAAUAGUGACGAAGAGGACCUAGAAGAAUACAGUUCACAAUUCGAUGGCAAUGCACCUCUUCGCAAAGAUAUCAAUGCGUGGGUUGAGCACCAAAGCAUCCACACGGAACUACCUGAGGAGCAGCAAGCCCCCGACAAUGGAGUCACAACGGACGCGCUGCACAUUUCAGUUCCAGCACAGAUGCCUGCACCUGUGAUACCCUCUGCAUUCACCGAGCAAGCCCAGCCGAGGCCAGCGUCUAGCUUAGCGCCGCGCGCCGCCGCCGAUGGCUUCAUGCCGGCAGCGCCGCCUGCGCCCGAAGGUACCGUCAGUGCGCUCAACCAAACAGUGCAAUUAUUAGCCGGCGCACUUAAAGACCUAUCGACCGCUAGCAAUCAAGUGCCUAACGCCAGUUUACUCAGCCGCAUUAGCACGCCUAAGGACCUACCUGAAUUUUCAGGUGACCAAUUAGAAUGGCUUCAGUUUAAACAGGCGUACCAGGAGUCUACUGAGGUCUGUAGAUUUACAGAUAAAGAAAAUUUAUGGAGGCUUCGUAAAUGUCUUAAAGGAGCCGCACGUGAUGCUGUCACUGCAUUAUUUAUCAGCGCCACGUCGCCCGACCGGGUAAUGUCGACCUUGGAGCUACGUUUUGGAAACCCCGACAGCAUCAUUUCUCGUAUUCUGCAAGACAUCAAGAAGCUACAGCCUUUGCAACUCGAAUAUCAUAAGGAUAUAGUUAUGUUCGCAGUGAAGGUUCAAAAUUUCGUAGAAGCUGUGCGAGCAGUAGGACGCGAGGAGUACCUACAUGGCAUGAAUAUCGUCUCCAUCAUCCUAUCCAAGCUGCCCACUGGGCUUAUCUCCAAAUGGUCAGACUACAGUUUUAAACUUCUCCAAGAUGCCCGGAAAUCGAGGUUAGUCAUUCUAUCGGAUUUUCUUAAUGACGAAGCAUUAAAGAUUUCUACAACUGCAAGUUUUUUAACAACUACGCGCAGCGAUAUGUAUAAAAACAAAUCUAGCGAACAUUCAUCUUCCCGUACACAAACUGUUUUACUACAAACUGAAGAAGGCGAUUUAAAAUGUUUAUUUUGCCGAACAGCUGUGCAUAAGAUAACGGAAUGCAAACCAUUUAAGAAGGCGUUGCGAAAAAUACGAUGGCAACAUGUAAAAAAACAUGGUUUAUGCUACAAAUGCAUUAUCUCCAAGCAUGAACGCGAUACUUGCAAGGCCCCUGCGUGCGACAAGGACGGCUGCGGAGCUCCACAUCAUCGCCUACUACAUUAUCCGGUAAACAACAGUGCGCGUGACGUCACGGCGGCGCCCGCACCGCUGCCGAGUGCAAGUGUACCGAAUAAUAGUACCGCGAUAAAAGAAGCCGCGCCGCGCGAUCCCGCGUUCAAGCCAGUGACGGAAACUUUAACUCAUAUAAAAGCGACCGACAGCAGAGUGUUGUUAAAAGUAGUACCAGUGCGUGUACAGGGACCUAACGGUAUGGUAAAUAGCACCGCGCUAUUGGACGAUGGAUCUUCCGUCUCGUUAAUAAGUGCUAAUCUCGCGCGACGCGUCGGACUACGUGGUAAUUCACAGACAUUGCGAGUUCACGGUGCGUUUAAAGAUAACGAACUUGAGUACAAAUCGACAAAAGUGAAUGUCGACCUUAAAGGUAUGGACAAUAAGGUUUAUAAUGUUAAAUUGCGUUGUGUUGAAGAAUUGAGUUUGCCAAUACAAACAUUGUCUGUUUUAAAAUUAGUUAAUUACUCUCACCUAGCUGAUAUAAAACAUAAAUUUUGCACCACUGAUUCAGAACCUGAAUUAUUAUUAGGUCAAGAUAACUUACAUGUUGUAAUACCUAUUCAAAUACGGGAGGGCAAAUAUAAUGAGCCAUCAGCUACACUCACCCGCCUCGGCUGGAGUGUCCAUGGGAAAGUGUGCGUGCCGCGGACUGUCCGUCCGUCCAGGGGCCCGCCAUCUGUCGCUGUGCAUACUAACCUUUUAAUUGCAGAUAGCGGAGCAGAUCACGAUACCACAUCAGAUGAGUGCCUCCUAAGGGAAAUCCACGAAGAUGUUAGGCGCUCAUUUUUGCUAGAUUCCAUGGGUGUGACGACGCACGUGCGGCAAAAGGCCGACGACGCCCGCGCCGUCGCGCAGCUGGAGCACUCCGCCGAGCUCAUCGAUGGGCGUUGGUACGUCGGCCUUCCGUGGAAGGACGAACACCGCCCCAUGCCCGACUCCCGCCCAAACGCGCUUACCAGGAUGAAGGGUAUUGAGCGCAAAAUGGGUAAGAAUCCAGGUUUCGCCGAAAGGUACCGUGAAAGGGUCAAUCAUUUGUUAAAAAAUGAUUACGCUAUGGAACUAAUUAACACCGAGGUCACGCCGAAGACUUAUUACUUACCUCAUUUCGGCGUAGACAACCCCAAUAAGCAAGAACUUCGUCUGGUCUUUGAUGCUGCAAGUCAGGUAAGUGGUAGCUCCCUGAACGAUUAUUUGCUCACAGGACCUGACCUAUUGUCAUCACUUUUAGGUAUAAUGCUGCGCUUUCGGGAACAUCCAAUUGCAGUAACAGGUGACAUUAGAGACAUGUUCUUGAGAGUCAAGAUCCAUCAAGAUGACCAGGACGCGCUGAGGUUUCUGUGGAGAAACAACCCCACAGAAAAUAUGAAGACGUACGCGAUGACGUCACUUAUUUUCGGCGCAAAUUGUGCUCCAUUUGUCGCGCAAUUUGUAAAAAAUAAAAACGCCCAGCGAUUUGAAUCGUCAUUUCCCGCCGCCGUCGAUGCCAUCGUCAACUCGCACUACAUGGACGACUACAUCGACAGCCUGCCCGACGAGGCGACAGCGAUCGAAAUGGUAAAAAAUGUCGGUUAUAUCCACAGGGCGGGCGGCUUUGAAAUAAGAAAUUGGACGAGCAACAGCGUCGCAGUUUUAAACAGCGUGCCAAAGGAGACCUUAGGCACUGCUGCUGUAAGGUUCAAAGUCGGCCAGCAACAUGAGAGCGAGCGUACCUUAGGUCUCAUUUGGUACCCUGCUGAUGACAUAUUGGGCUUCGAUCUGUCAUUAAAACGUAUACCGAGCGACGUACUUGAAGGUGAGAAUAGGCCUACGAAACGUUUAAUGUUAAGAGUAAUUAUGUCAAUAUUUGAUGUACUAGGUUUUUUAGCACCCUUCACGAUUCAAGGCCGAAUUAUGCUUCAAGAGGCUUGGCGCUUACAGGUGGAUUGGGAGGAUUACAUUCCAGACCAAAUUUAUCACAAGUGGCGAAAAUGGGUCGACCUUUUGAAGGUAAUUAAAGAUAUCCGUAUACCUAGGUGGUACUGCACAGCCGCGCGCAAUGCGGUAAGGGACAGCCAAUCGGCUACAGCGCGUGCGAGCGAAAUGCAAGAUUGUGUGGAUCUCGUCGCAACGGCACCUACCUCUCCCCCUGCGACCCACGCACCUACGCACAGUGCUACGAAAUGCUACGAGGGCGUAGCGGCAUCUACAUCUGCUACGACCGCAUCGAGAAGUAAGUACUCAUAUUAUAAUAAUUUACAAAUGCAUUUUUUUAGCGAUGCAUCUUCUCAGGCGAUGUCAGCUGUGGGCUAUUUGCGCUGGGAGGAUAACGGCACUAUUUAUGUUGCAUUUAUUGCCAGCAAAAGCAGAGUUAUGCCGAUAAAACGGCUGACUAUACCGAAGGCUGAGCUGCAAGCUGCAUUGUUGUCUGCAAGACUAGCCAAUGCAAUUGGAAAGGAGCACAAACUGACGCCAACGAGGCGUUACUUCUGGUGUGACUCCUCAACUGUAUUACAUUGGAUUCGCAACAAAAAUCGUACGUAUAAGGCCUUUGAAGCAAAUCGCUUGGGGGAGAUUGACGACCUUACCCGCGUUGACGAGUGGCGGUACAUUCCUACGAAACUAAAUGUUGCCGAUUUAGCGACGCGGGACUCGUUUGAUCUAGCCCUACAGAGCGAGUGGUUUAAAGGUCCUUCUUUUUUAUACGCUGACGAAAGUCUAUGGCCAAAGGAUAUAAUACCGACCUGUAACGAGGAGGAGACAGGGGAAUGCGUAGCAGUCGUCCAGGUGCGUGACGAACCUGCAUGCAUACCAGUGCCGGACCCACAGCGCUUCUCUUCGUGGCUUCGUCUCACCCGUGCCACGGCGGCAGUGCUAAAGUUCAUCGCUAGGUGCAAAGGUCGGGCGGUCGAGAUCGAUUGCGCAAUGAUGGAGCGCGCUGAGAUACUUUUACUAAAACACGCGCAAAACGAGUCUUUUGGGGAAGACUUAGCCAGAAUUAAGGCGCACGGGGCUUUACAUCGCGCAAGUAAGUUAUUAAAAUUAUCACCCAUUUUAGACGAACAUGAACUACUUCGCGUGGGCGGGCGCAUUGACGCCGCAUCAGAUGUGCCUCUGGACGUCAAGAGACCCGUGAUCCUGGACGGCCGUCAUCAGGUAGCACGCUUAAUCGUCCGGCAUUACCAUGUGAAAGCGGCCCACGGAAGUCAGGAGAUGGUGGUAAACGAAAUAAAGCAAAGGUAUUGGGUACUUAGACUUCGACCUACUGUAAAACUCGUGACGUCAAGGUGCAUGUUGUGCAGGAUAAUGAAGAGCAAACCUCAGGUACCGCGCAUGGGCGAUUUACCAGAGGCCAGAAUAGAACACCAUCACCGACCCUUUUUUCACUGUGGGUUGGACCUUUUUGGGCCAAUGGAGGUCGCGGUGGGUCGCCGCAGAGAGAAAAGAUAUGGUGUUCUAUUCACAUGCCUCACAGUGCGGGCGAUUCAUAUCGAGCUGGUUGCCUCCCUUACAACCGACUCGCUUAUCAUGGCGUUGCGACGCAUGGCGGCGCGGCGCGGCUGGCCGCGCCAUCUGUACUCGGACAACGGUACUAAUCUGAGGGGCGCCGACACAGAGUUGCGUCGGUCAAUGGAGGCGCUAGAUAUGGACGUUCUAAAAGCUGAGGGGGUUAAUAACAACAUGGAUUGGACUUUUAUUCCCCCCGCCAGCCCCCAUUGGGGUGGGGCGUGGGAACGUUUAAUACGUUCAGUAAAGACGGCUCUCAAAGUCGUUUUAAAAGAACGAGCACCAAGGGACGAAGUUUUGACCACAUUAAUGGCAGAAGUUGAGAACAUGGUCAACGGUCGUCCAUUGGUGCACGUGUCUGUCGAUCCUGCUGACGGUGAGUCUCUUACUCCUAAUCAUUUCCUUUUAGGGUCAUCAUCGCGACUCCCUCUUGUAGGAGAGUUCGAUGAUUCUGAUCUCAACUUGAGGAAACUAUGGCGGAAGGCGCAGAGGCUCGCUGACAUGUUCUGGCAGAGGUGGCUAAGAGAAAUCUUACCCACCCUCGUGCCUAGGACAAAGUGGCUAGAGGAGCGGAAGCCGCUAAAAGUAGGGGACCUCGUUCUGGUGGUAGAUCCCAACUCUCCCCGCAAUAUGUGGCCGAAGGGAUUGAUCACGCAGGUAAUUCCUGGCGCAGACGGACGGAUCCGUUUAGUGGAGGUGAGGACGGCUACCGGGACUUACCGGAGGUCUGCGGCUCGCAUCGCUCCUAUUCCCGUAAGUUUAGAGUGCUGAGUCAGCACUGGGGUGGGGAGUGUUAGCGAUGCGCUCACUAUAGGUACAUAUGUAACUAGUUAAGUUUAUUUUUAAGGAAAAGUUGCCAUGUUAAAUACAUACUUAGUUACUAAUACUUAAGGUUCAAAAUUGUAUGACAUGUUAUGCAAGUAAUGUGCACUACGUUGCUAUGCGCCGGCGGCAGUCCGCUGCUAGACGCGAUCGGUUUAACUCGACCCUGUAUCCGAAAGUUAAAAUAAAAGUUUCAUUGUCAAGUUUA